AUGGUUGCCCGGGCAAUGACCAUUUCCCAUCAUGAGGAGCAAGGAGGAGGUUCAUGUUGCCCAAACCCCUCUCCUCAGCUCAGGGACCCUGCAGAGGAUCUGCACUGUAUCACCGCCAACUUCCACUAUCUGCAAACCUCAGGUAGGGCAGGAUACACACUGACGUGACUUCACAUACAUAUAUGUCUCACUGAAAUAUAGCCAUUCGUUCUUAUCAUGUGUCAUUUAUUUGAUGAUGGGAGACUCUGGUGGCAUUGCGCUGCACGUGGCUUUUAAGGUUGUUGAUUUUGUAAAAAGAGUUGAAUGUUACCCCACUUGUGAAGAUGCAAAUAAAAAGUUCCUUUCAAGUAAAACUUAAAAAUCCCUGAAGUCAACCAUAGGGCACACAAUUUUGACAUAAAAAUGCCUCUUUCUGUGGUCAAAACAAUCGAGUAUACUGAUGACUGAGCUGUGAAUCCUGACCCAUUGAAGCUGAGAAUCAAGAUUCAAUGUGCUUACAUAAGCUGCAGCCCCUCCUCACCUGCUGUGUUUAGUGUGAGCUUAGGAAUCAUCAAGAAACAUCCACAUUGGAGGCACAAUUCAUAGUCUUCCCUGAUACUCAGGCUUGCAUUUUAGGGUGUGGCGGGGGUAUUUCACGGGCUUUUAGAGGCAUCUGAGUGACCCACCGAAACUAAAAACAAAAACUGAUGUCCAAACCAUUCAUCUGUUUUUAGGCUGGUACUGGGGUUCCAUCUCAGCAAGUGAAGCUCGAGAGGCUCUCCUGAAGAAGCCAGAGGGCACAUUUCUGAUAAGGGACAGCAGUCACCCUCAGUACAUGCUGGCCCUUUCAGUGCAGACCCGCUACGGACCCACCAGCGUCCGCAUUGAGUACAGCAAGGGCUCAUUCUGGCUGGACUCCAUUUCCCCCAGCCUACCUCAGCUGCAGUCCUUCCCAGAUGUUGUCAGCCUCAUUCAGCACUACACAGGCUCAGGCCACACCACACAGGGUGCGUCUUCUCAUGACAUUCACCCAGACAUAAAGUCGGACCCUAGCAAACACGUAGCCAAGGACGGUGGGGUGCCUUUGAAGCUGAAGCACCCUCUUCACAGACCGGACGCCUUCCCUUCUCUGCAGCACCUGACACGCCUCAUCAUCAACAGACACACAACUGACUGUACUGACCUGCUGCCACUCCCGAAGCCUCUGCUGCGCUACCUGCAGGACUACCCGUUUCUCAGAUGA